AUGGCACUUAUGGGUGCUGUUCGGGGUAAAGUUGUUAAUCCCCGAAGCAAUGGCGAGCCUUCUGUACGAGCAGUUGAGGGGGGAGCACGAGGUCAAGGCAAACACUCAAAGCACUUCUCCCGCUGUUUAAAAUGGGAACCAACUUACUUGCAAGCGUCUUCUCAAUGCCUUUCAACAGGAAACCUACAUCAGAGAGUCGCCAUGCGUCCACACCAGCACCUGCCAGCUGGCUGGCACUGCGAAUGCAAAGCACAAAUGAUCCGUUUACAAUCCUUCUCAAUCAUGGAACGGUAUAGGAGGGCACAGUUUACUACGUGGGAGCCGCCACUUCAGCCUGAGCACCCCAAAUCUCUAACUAUAGCACUCAUUGGCCCACCAAAUGCAGGGAAGAGCUCAUUGCUGAAUUCAUUGCUUGGUGUCACCGUUUCAGCGGUAUCCAACAAAGUGAAUACCACAAGAACUGACUUUCGUGGAAUGGUUACAAAAGGAAAUUGCCAACUGGUUUUCGUCGAUGCUCCAGGCAUCAUUGGGUCCCACCCUAAGAAGACGUUCUGCAAAGAGCUCGUGAAUGCUGCGUGGAGGGGUUAUGAUGAUGCAGACUUGGGAAUUCUAGUGGUGGACACUGUCAAGCGGCCCACACAGCAAAUUUUUAAUGUUGUUCGCGCUAUAGCCCCAAAACCAUGUCUUUCUCGAUUUGGAUUUCACCGAUCGGCAUCCGAAGAUGAGUCAACGAGUAGCCUGACGUGCUGUCCAUCCCUGGAUGAAAUGUGGGAGGCAGGGAUUCCAGGAACAUUGCGCAAGCGCCUAGCCAACGCUGGUGAUGUUGCUGAGCUAGAUGGGCAACCACAGCUGAUUCCCCUAAUUUUGUGCCUUAACAAGAUUGAUCUGGCAUCCCAUCCAAAGUGGAUACACGCUAGGGAAAAAGAGUUUUUGACGUAUUUGUUUUGCUGGUUUAACAAAGAUGUCCCCUAUCGGAUUGAUCAGCAAACAGUUGGAUGGACAUAUCGAGAUGGAUACGUAGUGAUUGAACAUGAAUUGGUGGUGAAGUCUGAGAAAGUUGCAAAAAUGAUUUGUGGCGUAAGAGGUCGUAUUCUUCUGCAGAUGCGGAAGAAUGUUACCUACAAACUAGAACAGUUAUGGGGUCAAAAGGAAAUCGAAAUAUUACUUGAAAACGAGGGAAUAACCUCACAAAAGGCUUUGCCCAUCGGAAAGUUAUUGUUCGAUAGUGUAGCUCUUCAUCAUGAAGGUAUUGAGAGAAUAGUAGAUCCCGAGCACAGACGCGAGGUAGACUCCACCCAAAGUGAGGAGUAUUGUAGCACUCCAGCUCAAGCCUGA